AUGAAACGUUUUCUCUCUGUGCUGGCACCCAAUUCUCUCAAAAGCAACAAGAAAAGCACACGUCUUUUGUCUAGUUCCUCUGCCAAUUCGGAGGGAAGUGACAACUAUGAUGUGUUCUUGAGCUUUAGCGGCAAGGACACUCGUAAAACCUUUGUGGAUCAUCUCUACAACGGUCUCAUCGAUGCUGGAAUCCGCGUGUUCAGAGACGACGAUGAGCUUCGCAAAGGUGAGAACAUCGGUACGAACCUUCUCCAGGCUAUUAAGAACAGUAAGAUCUCGACCCCGAUUCUCUCUCGAAACUAUGCUUCGAGCAAAUGGUGCCUUCAAGAGCUCGUUCAGAUGGCAGAGUGCAUGAAGAGCAUCGGGCACGUUGUCUUGCCCAUAUUUUACCGGGUUGAACCAACCCAUGUGCGACACCAAAAGGGGAGCUUUGGAGUGGCGUUCUCCCAAUUGAGUGAGAAACAUCCCGAGGAAGAUGUUGCGAAAUGGAAACAAGCUCUCCAAGAAGUGGCUUCCCUUAAGGGAUGGGAAUCGAAAAAAACUGCCCACGGCCACGAAGGAGAAUUGGUGAAAAUGGUCGUCAGAAAAGUUUUGACCGAGUUAAAGAAGGCCUUUCGGCUGGUUGUUACCGAACAACUUGUCGGAAUCGACGAUGCUGUGGAGGAUAUCUUGAGAUUGCUGGAUGAUAACCCUAGUGCAACCCAAACUAUCGGUAUUUAUGGAAUGGGGGGCAUCGGUAAGACAACUUUAGCCAAGGUCAUCUACAAUAAGCUCUCCGACCAAUUUCAACAUCGUUGUUUCCUUGAAAAUAUUCGAAAAUCCUCCACAAGCCAUGACGGCAUUUUAUAUUUGCAGAAUCAAUUAAUAUAUAGUAUACUUAAAAAAAACAAUCAAGCAUGUAAUAUGGAUGAAGCAAUUAGGAUCAUAGAAUCUAGAUUUAAACGUAAGAAAGUCCUAAUUCUUUUAGAUGAUGUGGAUCAUAAAGAUCAGAUCGAAGCUUUGGUUGGGAAACAUGACUCAUUUGAGAUGGGAAGUAGGAUAAUAAUUACUACAAGAGUAAGGUCUGUUCUUGAUAAUGCUGGGGUGAACUGCAAGUACGAACUCAAGGAAAUUGCUGAGGAUAAGUCCUUGAUUUUGUUUAGUAGACAUGCCUUCAUGAGUGACUCUCCUCCGUGUGAAUUUGAGACUCUCUCUCGUGCUGUUGUAUCCACUACCGGAGGGCUUCCCUUAGCUCUCGAAGUUAUAGGUUCAUUUCUAUGUGGGCGUAACCAAGCAUUUUGGGAAGAUGCGUUAAAGAAGUUAAAGAAAGUACCACAUACAAAAGUGCAAGACAAGCUGAGGAUAAGUUAUGAAGCACUAAACUAUGAGGAAAAGCAGAUAUUUUUGGAUAUCGCUUGUUUCUUCAUUGAUGUUGAUUAUAUGUAUGUAUCCUACAUGUGGGAGGCCUGUAAUUUUCUUCCGAAUAUGGGCAUUGAAACAUUGAGUUUCAUGUCACUAUUAAAAAUUGAAGAUAAGGGAGUAUUGAAAAUGCAUGACCAGCUGAGAGACCUCGGUAGGGAAAUUGUUCGUCAAGAAGAUUACGAUGUCCCUAUGAAUCGAAGUAGGCUGUGGGACCAUGAUGAAGCCUUGGAAGUACUCCAGAACACUAAGGGAAUUCAAAAAGAUCGCAUUCAAGCCCUUGGGCUCCCCGGAGACUGCUCGCAGAGUGAAUUCACAACUGAACAAUUUGAGACGCUACCGAACUUAAGGCUCCUUGCAGUAAAUGGCGCCAAACUGAUUGGAGAUUCCAAAAGGUUGCUUCCUAAGUUGCGAUACCUUACAUGGUUUGGGUGUCCUGCAUCCGUGGCUACUAGUUUUCAUUUAGAGAAAUUAGUCGCACUUGAAUUAUCUGACAGUGACAUUUCGGAGCUUUGGGAAGGUUGGAGCCGUCUCAAGGUGGCGAAGCAGUUGAAAGCUCUAAGCAUUAAUGAUUGCCAUUGUUUAAAAGUUACUCUCGAUCUCUCAGCCUUCCGAAAUCUGGAGGUAUUAUCCUUCGAAGGAUGUGAUAACCUGGAGCAAAUUCACCAUUCUAUUGGAGAAGCCAAGGGCCUCGUUUAUUUGGAUUUGUGCAGAUGUGAGAAACUCAAAGAGCUACCUCAAGAAAUGGGCAAGUUGGAAGAGCUGAAGGAACUUCACGUAGCCGGGACUGCUGUGAAGGAAAUCCCUCCAUGCAUAGGUUCUUUGAAGAAGCUGGAGAUUCUUAAUGCCGCUGAUUGCCACUCCUUGGUUGGACUUCCCAACUCAAUUAGCCAUUUGGUAAAUUUGUUGACCCUUCAUUUGAGUGAUUGCCCCCGGUUAUGUGCACUUCCAGAGAGCAUCGGAUCCCUCGUGAAAUUGGAGCACUUGAUGUUAGGCGGAUUGAGGCUUCUAAAGGAUUACCAUUUUGACCAUGCUCCCAAUUAUAUCCUCAACUCAAUUGGGGAGUUUGAACAGUCGAUCGCGUUGGACUUGUCAUGUUCAGGCAUUCGCGAAUUGCCUGAGUCCAUUGGGGAUUUGAAAAACCUGAGACGUUUGCAUAUUGAUUUUAAUAAGGAAUUGAAAAGUUUACCUAGUACUAUUAGCAAGUUGGGCAACCUUGAAGAAUUAGACGCUACAAAAUGCGAGAGUCUGGGAGGGGAAAUUCAUAUAGAUGGGUUGUCUUCAUUGAAGAUCCUUCGAUUACGUUCGACAUGCGUUUCAGGCUUCCCCAACGAAUUUGAUAAGCUUUCUUUUCUUGAGGAACUUGAUUUACGCGACUGCAAGAUGCUUCAAUCGCUGCCACAAAGCAUCAGUAAGUUGCCUUCUCUGCAAUGUCUUGAUGUAAGAAGAAGUGACAAUCUUCGGUUGUUGCCAGAGCUUCCUGCCUGUUUGACGUUUUUGGGAGUCACUUGUCGGCAUCAUACAUUGCCUCAACUUUCUCAUCUAAUCCUCCUAAAAGUGCUCGUCGUUGUGGGUUGCCAAUUGCUGGCAUCCUUGCCGGAGCUUCCCUCAGGAAUAUUGGAGCUUUUUGUCCAAGAUUGUGAUCAGUUGAAAGAGUUACGGAGCUUGUCAAAUUUGGAAUUCUUGUCAAAAUUAACUAUUGAUUCAUGCAGCGAGCUGACAGAAAUCAAGGGUCUGGAAGCAUUAAAAUACUUAGCAGAAUUAUCUAUAUCAAGAUGCGGUAAGUUGUCCAACCUCGACGGCCUUGAACAUCUAGAGUCUUUGAGAUCCUUGAGUUUGGGUAGGUUCUCUGCGUCAGAUGAUGCACUUUGUCCAGUAGAGGAUGACAUAGUUCAAGUUCGAGGCCUUGACAAAUUGAAAAACUUGGAAGAGCUGCGGUUAGGGGACUGUCAGUCCCUUGUAAGACCGGACCUUUCGCAGUUAACACAUCUGAAGAUAUUAUACUUUUACAAUUGCCACAAUCUAGUGGAAAUUAAAGGCCUCCGGAGAUUGAAAAACUUGGAAAAGUUGGGUAUCGUGGGGUGCGGAUCCAUUGAAACAUUACCGGACCUCUCAUGCUUCGAUAACCUGAAACAUUUGGACAUUACAGGGUGCUCGAAGCUUGGUCAUGUUCAGGGUCUGGAGAAAGUCGCAGAAGUGUACAAAUGA